CCGCGCGCCAAGCGCACAAAGACAGGAAAGGCGCCGCGCGGGGCGGGGCUUGGCUCGAAAGAGGCGCACUUUGAAUGGCGUCCGGCGGAGCCAAUCCCCUCGCCCUGAAGUGAAGCCCUUCUGGGCCAAUGGGUGACGGGGAGGCAACGCUUCAGCGAAGGCGGGGCGUCUGGGAGGGGGCCCCGUGCGCCGUGUAAUGGAGGCUCAGUGCGCGAGCGGCCAUUGAGGAGGCAGGAGCUGCGUGUGUGUACCAAGGGAGGGGGUGGGGCGGCUGCUGGAGGAGUUCGAGCCCCAACUCUUGCCUCCAUUUGCGACAGCGGCGUCGGCUCGGCGGCGCGUCCCUCCCUCGCGGCGCGGGGGCCUCAGGGAGGGGGGAGAUGGAGAUGAAGAAGCGCAUCACGCUGGAGUUGAGGAAUCGGGCCCCGGAGAAGGUGACAGAGUUGGUGCUUGAUAACUGUCGAUCCAGCAAUGGUGAAAUUGAAGGCCUGAAUGAGUCAUUUAAAGAGCUAGAGUUUCUCAGCAUGGCCAAUGUAGAACUGACAUCACUGGCCAGACUCCCCACCUUAAGUAAGCUCCGAAAGUUGGAAUUGAGUGACAACAUCAUUUCAGGAGGCCUGGAAGUCCUGGCAGAAAAAUGUCCGAAUCUCACAUACCUAAAUCUAAGUGGCAACAAAAUCAAAGAUCUUAGCACUGUGGAAGCCCUUCAAAAUCUUAAAAACUUGAAGAGUCUCGACUUGUUCAAUUGUGAGAUCACAAACCUGGAGGAUUACAGAGAAAGCGUUUUUGAGCUGCUUCACCAAAUCACAUACCUAGAUGGAUUUGAUCAGGAAGAUAACGAGGCACCUGAUUCAGAAGAAGAGGAAGAUGAGGAAGGAGAUGAGGAUGAUGAUGAAGAUGAGGAUGAAGCUGGUCCACCAGGAGAGUAUGAAGAGGAUGAUGAUGAAGAUGAUGGAGGUUCAGAUUUGGGGGAGGGUGAAGAAGAGGAGGAGGAGGAAGUGGGCCUUUCAUAUCUGAUGAAGGAGGAGAUUCAGGAUGAAGAAGAUGAUGAUGACUAUGUUGAAGAAAGAGGUGAUGAGGAAGAAGCAGAGGGUGUCCAAGGGGAGAAGAGGAAACGAGAUCCUGAAGAUGAGGGCGAGGAAGAGGAUGAUUAAGUCACUAUCGAAAUAAAUAGGACCAGAGUCUUUAAGUUACAGAAUACGCAAUAGUGAUCAUGCAAAUCUGUAUGUCUCCAUGUACCAUAGAUGUCCUUACAGAAGAUAACAUGUUAACUUUUUAUAGGAAAGGUGUGGUUUUACUAUUUUUGCCCUUUUUAUCAUUCCAAAUAAGAUGUAAUAGCCUGGUAGUGAACAUAUGUAGAAAACAACUUUCAACCCUAUAAUCACUGAACCCAUUGUCAAGUUUUCCCCUAGAAUUUUAUUUGGACUUCUUUUGUUUUAUACAAGCUUGCAGUGUUUGUCAUUAUUAGUCCACAAUUAAAGACAGACUUUUACAUGGGUUUAGUAUGGUGAAUUUCAUUUAAGAUUUUAAAAUUGUAUGUAAACUGAAAUCAAAGAUGCUGUAAUGUGAUAAAGUCAACAGUCUAUUUCAAAUGAAAAGUUGGUUAAAACCAAUUGAGCUGACCACAGGUCCUACUUGGAAUCAACUUGAUUAUUUUAACUUUAAAAAAAAAAAAAGUGACCUGUGAAUUAUUUGGUGGUGGGGGAGCUUAUGCCCUCUUUUACUGUGUUAUUACUUAUGAGGAAGGCCUAAACAGGUUUAAGGCCUAGUUUUCCCUGUUUAUUCUGAAUAUCAACUGUGUUGGAGGACUUGUUGGAUAUGUUUGAGGAUGUAUAUUAGCUCUCAUGCUUUAAUUGAAGUGGAGGAGAUGUGGCAUCCUUAACAAAGGCUUGCUUUCUCCAAAAUGUUUAGUCAUUGAAGUUAUAUAGGUAUUUCAAACAAACUAAAAAACAAUCCAAAGUUUUUAACAGUCUAACCAAAACUCCCUUUCCCUCUUACUUGCUCAACUUUCACUCACUUGGCUCUUGUUAUGUUGUCAUUUCAUUAGUUCCCCAAUUAUCGUAGUCUUUGAGGUGAGACAGGACCUGAAUUUCUAAUGUAAAAACAAGCAGGUAUUCCCAUCAAACACACUUCUAAAUUUAAAAAAACCCCAACCUUUUAAAGCCUUUAUAAAGCAUAAAAAGGCAAAAAAUGAGUGUGAGAUCAAUUCUCUCAUCUUUGCAGGUCACUUUUAAAAUUUUUGUAUCGUUGCAGCUAAAUCAUUAAAGGCCCCAUUUCAACAGUAAAUAGUUCUUAGUUUUCUGUCUUGGAAAGCUGCGGCAACUUAUUCCACUUCACAUAGUCGGUUGCAAGUGCAGAAGAUGUGCAGGCCAGGCUUUUCUUUGGCAGACUGUUAAUUGUGACUGGCAGAUCUUAAAUUCUGCCCCAAUGGAUUAUCUCAUUUCCCAUUUGAGCCAAUGCAAAAUAGAAGUUCAGAGACACAGCACUCCUCUUUUGCAGUUGUAAUUUGGAUUUCAAACAGGCAUCUCAAUGCAACACUAACUUGCAUUGUUUCAAAUAGAUACUCAACCAAAUAUCACACACAGCUUUAUUCAAGAGACUCUAUUUUUUUAUUAUAUAUCUUUCUUGGCUGACAGUAACUGUGUUUAAACUGUGGAAAGAUACGUGGGGUAUUUCCUGGACCUGUAUAGUGGAGUCACCCAUAUAGCACAGUUACCUGUAAAUAUUUAAUAAGGCGUUUCACAUACUGGCAGACUUUAAGGCUAUGUCUACACCAUGAGUUAAGGGUGUGAUUUCCAGCUUGCAUACGCAUACUUGUGCUAGCUCUCAUUGAGCUAGCAUGAGUAUAAAUAGUAUUUAGCAUGGCUUAGCUGUGCUGAGUAUGUACCCAUAAGGUUCAGGUGGGUUUGUACUCGGCACUGCUAAACCAUAUUGUUACUGCCUGUGCUACUGUGGCUGAACUACUGAGAAUCACAGUCCUAGCUUGUAUAGACACAGCCUAAAUGUAAUGAUUCCUGAAUCAAGUUAAGACAAACCGCAUGAGCAAAGAAGUCCACAAAGCCCAAUUUCUUGGGGGGUUUUUUGUUUUUUUUUCUUAAUAGAGCCGUAAAUCAUAGUUCAUGUGGUUGUAAAGCAGAGCCAACUUUUAAAGACAUUUGAAUGGAAUGUAUGAGCCAGUUGGCAAAAGAUUUGGAAAUAUAUUGAUUAAAUGGGUUAAACUUUUAAAUGGAUAUCUAUAGAGACAUUAGAAAAGUAAUUGGUGAAACAACAUUAGCAACCACAAUCCAAGUUCCUAUGUUUGUUGUAUGAAUAUUAAAUGAAUUAAAAAUCUUAAUUAAGUGCACACCCCUUCUUUCAUCAUGGAGGCUCUGUGUUCAAAGCAGUUGCUUUGUAUUCAUCUUUACUAUCUCAAAGUUUUUCCCCUAUGUUUGUCUUUGAAUGUUAACUUUUUUAGUCUCAGCAAAUGAUAAAACCUUCCUAUUUACAAAUAUGUACUUAAAAAUCUCUCAAUGUAAAGAUUAUACUAGACUGUCUUAUAUUGAGACAUACACAAAUUGUACUUAAAUACAGCGUUAAACUGAAAUUUAAAUUAAGAGAUUUUUGAUGGAAAUUACUAAAGAUAUCAACAGUCUUGUUUCGGUCAGCAAGUCUACCUUAAAUCAUUCAAUGUUAUAAAGGUUAAACUAUUUAAUUACCUUUUGGAGGGUUUAGUAGAUCCUUCCAUAAAACAUGCAGGCUUACAUUUUUUAAAACAGUUCACAAUGUGGUGCAUCAGCUGCUGGUAACAAAAGUCUGAACCUCACAUGCAACUAUGACUUUCUAAGUAAUUUUGUCUUUUCCACAGUGUUACCAUUUUAAAUAUAGUUUCCACAUUUGCCAGUCAGCUUGACACGUAACCAAGAUAGUACAGCUUUUUUGUUUGUUUUUUAAGGUAACACAUAGAGCCUCCAGAUACCUGAAAAUUUUUUUGCUUGGUGGGUGGUCUUUUCAUGCAAAUAUGUAAGGGUGGGUUUUAUAUUUUGUAGAGGUUUUUGUCCUAUUUUAAUGCUCUUUGUAUGGCAGUAUGUAUAUAGUGUGUUCAGUUCCUUAUCAAACCCUUUCCUUAAAAACUUUGAAGUAAUUGAUUUUGUGCAACUGUGUUUUGAAUAAAGCCAUGACAGUGUUAAAUAAAUAAAAAAAAAAAAACCCUGCAGCACUCUUCUGAUGACUUUUAGUUGUAACAAAAUGUGUUUCUUCCCCAUGUGUGCUGUACAUUUUAAAUUAAAGUUUUUCAAACUGAAUUAUUUCAAAUAAAUUGAAAAUUUAUUGUUGUAUUGGA